GAAGACACAUUACCUUCCAGUUGUUUCAUCGUACGACUAUAACCAGAAGAUGCAUUAAAUCUCUCCUUCACCUUACCGCCAUAUACGGACUCAUUCGGGCACAGAAUUACAAAGACAAAAGCUAAAGUCACCAAAAAAAAAGUCACUUCGAUUUGGUUUCUGCACUUUUUAUCUCAUACCAUCAAAUCUCUCUUUUCUAGCGAAUCCAAAGAGGUCUUUGUAUCCGACUCCUCCGUCUCCGAUUAAGGAUUAAGGAGAGAUUUUCGAUAAUGGGUUCAGAGCAAAACGACAGCUUCUGUCCAUCAGAGCCAAAGCUCUGCGUCAACGGAUGUGGCUUCUUCGGAACACCAUCGAACAUGAACCUCUGCUCCAAGUGCUACCGAGACAUCCGAGCCACGGAGGAGCAAGCCGCCUCGGCUAGAUCCGCCGUCGACAGAUCUCUAAACCCUAGUAAACCCGAAACCAAACCACCGAAGCAGAGCCUUGGAACCGCUUCCCACGAGCCAUCCACUAGCGUUGGAGUUGGAGAAGAUUCCUCCUCCGUAGCUUCCUCAGCAGGUCCGCGGAGAUGCUUGAGCUGUAACAAGAAAGUGGGCGUGACGGGGUUCAAGUGCAGGUGCGGGAGUACUUUCUGUGGAGCCCACAGGUACCCGGAGAGCCACGACUGCGAGUUUGAUUUCAAAGGAGCGGCUAGAGAAGCUAUUGCUAAGGCCAAUCCUGUGGUGAUAGCUGAUAAGGUUAAGAAGAUAUGAUUUAUUUGAAGAUGAAAAUCUGUCUUGUCUCUCUUUUCUUGGUGUUUGCUUCUUUUCUUUUUUUCUCCUUCUUUGGUUUGCUUUUUAAGUGUUUCUUAUUAGGAAAAAGAAGUGUUUAGGAUUCUGCUUUUGUGAUUUCAUGAUUUAUUGUUCUGUAAUAAAAAAAAAGUUUGAAUCAUUGGAAGUUGUGGUCUUUUAUA